AUGUACAAUUUGCGUUAUGGCAAUAUUCAUGCCAGCGAUGAGGAAAUAUUCGAUGCUGCUAAAUUAGCGGACCUUCAUCAAGCCGUCACUCGAAUGCCUGCCGGCUAUAAUACUUUGGUCGGAGAAAGAGGCUUAAAGUUAUCCGCCAUAGCCAGAGCUUUGCUGAAGAAACCGCCAAUAAUUGUUUAUGACGAGGCUACGUCAUCACUUGAUUCAAUUACGGAAAAGAACAUAAUGGAAGCAAUGAGUCGCGUGGUUUCGAACCGCACUUCGAUAUUCAUCGCCCAUCGACUUGCUACCAUCGUUGACGCUGACGAUAUCUAUGUUCUGGAAAAUGGCGUCGUCGCUGAACAUGGUACUCAUUUGGAGCUGCUGGCGAAACCGGGCAGUCGGUACUCGUACAUGUGGGAAAAUCAGAAUAAAAAUCCGAUUCAGAUCGCCCGAGAAAGCGAAAAUGCCAAGCUAAACAGGAUCUUAAUGGAAAUCGAUCGAAAGAAAUGUUGCGGCAAUAAUUCUUGCGGGGCAUAG